AUGGCUAAGGACUGUUCGUCUCAGAAUUAUUUUGUUCAUCAGAUGCUACAAUGGCGUCCUUUACUUCUGAGACACCCUUAUUUAAAACCGGUUGUUGAUGAAAUAAAAAUAUUAGAAACAACUGGAAUUGAAAUUGGAGGUCAGAUUUUUAAAGGCUCACUAGCAGCUAUGAGUUUUGAUAAUUUAGGAGCAAAUACAAUAUAUGGCAUGGUACAACCUUUUUCUGCGACUAAUUUUUGUAGAUUUUGCUUUGCAACCAAAACUCAAACAAAAACAAUGAUAUGCGAAGAUCUAUCAAUAGCUUUUAAUUAUGGUAAAAAUGAGAUGACUAAUAAACCUAGUCCAAUGAAUUUAGAUAAACCCGGAUAUUUAUUAGGAGAACGAGCUUCUCAAAUGUGGUAUCUGGUUAGAUAUUUGCCAUUUUUAAUAAGUGAUUAUAUUGAAGAAGAAUUAGUGCAAUCAAAAUGGGCAUUAAUUAAAGAAUUACUUCAAAUUAUGCAUAUUGUUUUCUCGCCAGUAAUUAGUCAUGGUAUGAAAUCUGAAUUAGACUUAUCAAUUCAAGAACAUCAUUUGAUACUACUCAACGAAUAUGAAAAAAUUAUCCUUAUUGCAUUUGUAAGCAGUGGUUUACAAUUGCUUAUAACGAUAAUUUUCAUGCUUAUGAAGUUCAAAACUUGA